AUGGGAUGCAGAUUCCAGUUAUCGGAUAUCGCGGCCAUCACCUCGUCUUCCAUCGGUGCUCAGGGCCUGGGGAAGCUCGAUAGCCGAGUUGAACUUGAGAUUGCCGUUAGAGAGAAGUCUGUGCCCCUCUCUCGGUGCGGGGACCAACUCUGGUAUCGAGCGCUUCGAGAAGGGCUACGCCCUGUCAUCGUGCGAGGCUACCCUGUCAGGGCUAGACCGCAGUCUUUUAGUGGCCUCGAAUUAUCGUACAACGACCUUUUACGUGUUUCGGACGAUGAUGUGUUGGAAGACUAUGAAUCAUGUGGAUCAUCAGUAAGCGAGGCCUUAACCUCGCCCACUCACUCGGACACUGGUAAUUCGACGACUGAGGUAUAUCCGAAUAGCCACGGUGACGUGGUUGUAAUCCUUCGGCGCGUACUGAGGUGGUUAGAGCAUGAUUGGCAAUCCGGUGGUGAUGGCACUCAUUUCGUUGAAGAUCUACUAUAUUCGAAUGCUUCAUUUGAUAAUGAUCAUGUUAGCCGUCGACCCCAACAGCAGCAGGCGACGAACUCCGUUGCACAGGCUGGCCUUACCGCGCAAGCUAGCCCCGUUUCGAAAGGCUCGAACUCUGGUGGGAAGAGGAGGCUAAAAUUACCGCACCGAGCCAACAGGCACGAUGACGACAGCGAUGGCGAAGAAGAGGGCCUGCCACCGAGGAAGAAGCCGUGUAAGAGGCUAGACUCGGACGUGAAAUUUGCUUGCCCGCUCUGGAUAAAGGAUCCCAUCAAGCACCGCCGAUGCGGCGGGUGA